GUGGGAUUCAGAGUAUAAAUAUGCGCCAUAGAAAAUCUCAGAUUCAGUGUGUGCGCGGAUCGGUUUCUGACUUUGCACAAAGCUGCUCGCGAAACAUUAAUCGGACGGCAUGAAGAAAUUCGCAUUCCUCGUUCUCGUCUUUUCCGCUGCCGCUAUUGCCGAAGAAACAGGCAUAAAACAAUGGGCGGAAAACUUCGAUGCUAGCGAAGAAAUCGUAAAGAUGUGUUUAACCGAGGCAGACUCGACGGAGGCGGAGAUGCAGAACAUAGAAAACCAGUUCGAAAAUAUAGAUGCCAACAACAUCAACGAUGAAACUAAGAAAAAUUUCGAGAAAUAUAAUCUCUUCAUGGCUUGCAUGAUGGAAAAGAAAGAAAUGAUGAAAGAUUCGAAAGUGGUCGUGGAUAAGUUGAUAGAACUCAUAGAGAAGGAUAAGGACAAAUUCCCCAUUGACAAGGAAGUCUUGAAAGAAUGCUUGGAAGGACUGAACGAUGACAACGAAUUGACUCGGGAGACCAGGGCGAUGGGUGCGAUACUGUGCAUAAUGGCCGCCGAAAGCAAAAACUAAAGGAAGUAAAGAGGAGUGCAAGUUCACAGGCGCGACGUCGCAUCUGUCUCGACCGGAACACGCGGCGAUAGGAAUAACGGGCAAAAUUUCAAUCAUCGGGGUUUAAGAUGUUGUUCCUUUAGACACGCAAUAAACGUAUAAGUAUGCAGACACAGUAAUCGGAUUGUUCGAUAACUCGUUUAACCUGAGGACGCGUCAGAGUGUACUGCACUUUCCACAUGUUACAUACUAGGUAUACAAAUGAAUAAUCCAAAUUUAUUUAAGUAGUUAGAGAAUAUUAAAAUUAAUUAAUUUCUCUGCUCUUUAUCGGCAUCUCGCCGUUAGUGUUUACACGAAGUCACAAUAAAUCGCGGACUUUAUCGCAAGAUAAA